UUUCGGUCCCCACCAGCCGUGGCACCUCCUGCGGCAACUGGGAAUGCUCUAGAGGGACGGGCCAGCUCGGUUCGCUGUCCUUAUCAGCAGCGGAGAGGCAGCAGGAGCACUGACCCCCCACACUCCGAGUAAGAUAUGGCAGCGCCCGUGUCUCAUCCAGCUGCACCUCCCGGCGUGCCCCGGCCCCGCUGGCCGCGGAAGAGAGCAGCAUGCCGGGAGCCGUAGUCUGCCCUCGCCUCUCGCCCACGGCCCGGCGCCGAUCGCGGCUGCAAGCCCUCGCCUCGGCAGUCUCUGUCCGCCUCCCCCUCCUGCCUUCGGAUGGAGGUCUCCAAGGAGCUGGAGAGCAGCCUCCUGACCCAGCCCUGGGCUUCUGUUCACUUUGGCGAGUCUGCUUUUCUUGCCAAAGUGUGCUUCAAGGAUACUGGCUAUAUCCUGCUGAUCUCUGACCUCAGUAGUGUCUGGUACGAGAGUGCAGACACCGAGGCUGUGGGACAAAGGUCCAAGGAGCUGAACAAGCGGCUGAUGGUCAAUGUGUCCUCCUUCCUGAACCACUUGUGCAACCUGAUGUGCCCCUUGCUGGCAGGGCAGCCAGCACCUGCCACCACCUUCUCCUGCAACCGCUCCACCAGUGGCCUCAUCCUGCAUGUAAAGAGCGAGCUGUCAGGACUGCCCUUCUACUGGGACUUCCACUGCUGCCCUGCUCCCUUGGAAAUGGUGUUCCGUCACCUCGUGCGGCCCUUGAUUCGGAUGAACCUGGCACUGCAGCACCAGGUGCAAGAGCUGAUCUCCCUGGUGCUCCAGAAGGAUGCUGAGAUUGAAGAUUACAGGGAGAGCGGGGCCACUCUCAGCAGAGACCGACUGCGGACAGAGCCCUUCCAGGAGGAGACAUUUCAGCAGAACUUCAUGGCUGAGAGGACGAUGCAGACCUGGUGUCCACUGCAGAAAUCACAAGGGACCCCCAUUCACCUCCUCCAUCCCAGGAGGAUGAAACAUCAUCUUACAGAGAGAGAACCACGCCAGCCUGCUCCCCAGCUCAGAAGCCUCAGCUGCCUGCAGCCAAGGCCAAGCCAAAGAAGGCAAAGGGGCUCUUCAGCUGAAAGGUUUCUUCCAUCCCUCCCUGAUGGUCUCUGCUCCCCCCAGCAUCCGAGAAAGGGAGUGCAGGGCACCCAUGCAUCCUCUACCUCUUCUCCUGCAUCUCCUGGUGAACCCUGUGCAAGGUCAUGGUCCCCUCCCAAGGUGCCUCCAGCUGAGGAGAUGGAGCUCCUUUCUUCAACAGUGCCUCUGAAAACAGCUUUUCUUCCCUGGUGCAGAGCUUGCCCAGGCUUCUUCUCAUGGCAAAGCCAGUGCUGGACCUUGGGGAAGUGGGAGGGAUGCUGCCAGUGGGUAUGAGACAGCCAGGGCUCUGGCAGAGCUGUAGGAUUUGACUGCUGUCAUGUGGGUUUUCAAUAAAGGGCUGUGACUGGCUGUGUCCCUCUCC